AGAUUGCACACAGUGCCGCAUCUGUAACAACAUUUAAUUUACCUCAACCGGCAUACUGCGCAGGCGCCGGCACCGUUACCCGCUUCGUAUAAAUGAGAGUCCCCACCCGCUGCCCGCAGUCCACCUCCCGCAGACCAUGAGACUGUACGCGUUCCUCACACUCGCGACCUGCGCCCUGCACGCGCGGGCCGCGGCCGUCCCCAAACUAGACGUGUCCGACCUCCAGAAAAAACUCGCUGCCGUCGCACAAGAAGCCGCCAAGAAGGAAGUCCUCCCAAUAGAUAACAACCCCCACCCCAAUCAAGAACUAACUGAACAGGAAAUCGCCGUCAAUGAAGUUCAGAACAGUAUCAAACACGCCAAAAUCCCUGGCAUUCCCGUCACUGUCGUCAUAGAAAAAGACAAGGUGAACGAUGAGAAGCUUGAUGAUAUCGAACUAGAUGAUGGCGCUGAUAUCAAAAGGGUCGAAAUAGACCUCAAGAACCCAGGCGCGCCGCAACGUCAAGAACAUGAAACUCAGAAUCCGGAACAUUUUGAGGAACCCGGAAACAAUAUGAAACAAACGGUUGUAGAUGCACAGAAUAAUGUGCAGCAGGGGCUGCAAGGCGUCUCCCAAGGAAUCCAGGAUUGGAUCGCGAAUAAUGAGCAAGUAACUAAUAUUCAGCAAAGCUUGCAGUCACUUCAAGAUAACUUCAAGGAACAGCUUUCUAAGCUGAACCAGACUGUCCAGUCAUUCUUGCCGCAGGCUAGCAACCCUGCUAAUCCAUCAGAGAAGAAAGCGUUUGAAAAUAUCGACUCCACCCUCAGGACCCUGGAGGAUACUUUCCAGAGAACAGUUGAAAAAAUGGCUGACGGAGUGAGGGCUUAUGCUCUGUUCGCGCCGUCCCUGAGACAAGCAACCGAAGGUAGUGGAAGCGGAUCUACUACAACUGGGGGGUCAGCGAGCGGUGGCUCAUCUUCCAACAACAAUUUUUUCCUCCAGUACCUACAAGCCCUACAGACCACGAUUUCCCAGGGUUUCGCUAACGUCACCUCGACCAUUCAGAAUUCAUUAACUGCCAAUGGAUCAGGUAACGGAAGCAACAAUACAUUUGCUGGUCCAGGGAGCUUCAUCUCGGGCAUCGGCAGUGGCAUUCAGAACAUUUUUGCCCAAUCAACUACUCCAGCCGAUUCUCAGUCCGACGAAUCAGGCUCCACAACUGCAAGGCCAGGCUGGCCUAUCUGGCAAGGCAUCCAGAGCUCGCUGCAGAAUAUUUUGAGUCCUGGACAGAACCAAGCCAGUCAGAACAGCACUCAAGCGGGCGGGGCCGGACCUAUCGCCCAAGCUAUUCAGAACAAUCCUAUAGUUCAAGCUGUUGGUAACUUUAUUCAAGGAGCGGGAGGGCAGCAGCCAGUCACCCAGGCUCCAGCGCAGCCUGAGAGCCAAGCUGACUCGCAGCCUGCCCAAUCCGCUGACCCACAGCCUUCAUCACAAGAAGGCAGCAACGCUGUUCCAAGUGAACCUAAACCUAGUUCAGAAGAGAAUGCGCCACAGGAAGGCCCCAUCAAGAAGAUCAUCCAAAACAACCCUAUAAUGAAGGGUAUCUCCGGAGCUGUUCAGAAGAUCCAGUCUAUUGGCAACCCAGAGAAGCCAAGAGACACUUUAGAGGGAGAGCAACCGGACAACGAAAAGGGACUUUUCCUGUACGACAAAUAUGGAUAUGGUCACGGAGGUCACGGGGGUCAUGGUCCAAAUACAGGAGAUAAUAACGACAGCAGUAGCAGCGGGGAAGUAGCUAAGAGCGAACCUGCAAACGUUGAACCUGCCAAGUCCGAACCCAACAAACCCGAACCAGCCAAGGUUGACCCGGCAGUCCAAUCAGAGGCACCGAAGGAGUCUGACAAAGAAAGCAUAGAGAAUCCGCCACAGCCAACUUUCAAGACUGAAUAAGUUUUUGUCUAGUGUGAUAAAGUUAGGUUAUUUAAUUUAUUUAUUGUAAGAUUAUGUACUUGUAAAUAAAAAGAACAACGAGAUUAUGGAAACAAAUAAAA